AUGAAAGGCCAGCGAACCCCUUGUAGAUUUGGAAUGAAGACUAAUAAAUCUAUUAAAUACAGUUCCUUUUAAUAAAAAACCUUUAAAGAUGCCAUAAUUUUUGAGAACUUCAGACCAGUUCCCUGUGAUUACAAAAGAACAACUAUCUGUGAUAAAUGCAAGAGGCAAAAAUAAAUGAUGCUGUAGUAUCACGAGUAUUAACAAUAGAUUGAAGAAGCUAAAGCAUUGAAAAAUAAAACAGCUUUUGUUCCCUCUCGCUUUACAUAUAAUGCUAAUUCUCAAAAAUGCAAAGAUUGCGAGUAGACAAGCAUGGCAGUUUACAGGAAAGAAGAAGAUUUGGAGUUAGUUGAUAAGAAUGAGAGAAAGAGAUUGUAUCUUAAGUUCAAAUAAUAGGACGAUAUUGAGUAAAUGACUACUUCAGAAGAAGUAAAGGAUAGCGAUGAUGAGGAAGAAGUUGAAAACUAAUAAGUUGUGUUGGUAAAGUCUAGAAUAAGAAAUGAAAAGAAGCGUGAAAGAAGACAAAUGAAAGAGAAAAAUAAAAAAUAAGAAGAUGAUAAUAAAUACAAUAAAAAGAAUGUUGAAGUAGAGUAUAAAGAAAAGGUAAAGUAAAAUCCUAGUAAAAGAUCUUACUUGAAGGUCUGUAGUAUUUACCAUAAUCACGAGACUGUUGAAAUAAAAGAUUAAGAUCCUGAUCUAAUUAGUAACUUAGAAUUUAGAUGUGGUUAUUUACGUCACUUUUAUCCUUCGAAAAUAAAAAAAGUAUUCCCCCGUUUAAGCAAGCCUGAGUAUGUAACAGCGCAUUACAGUGAGAGAAAUUACUCAUAUAAAAGAACUAGCUACAGUCAGUAAAUUCUUAGAGACAAGAGAAUUUUGAGAGAUGAUAUCAAAGAUUGUGUGCAGCUUACUAAAAUGGGGUUACUAGUUAAAAUAUGA